AUGAAGAGUACUCGCUGGUCGAAGAAAUUACAGUAUGUCUCUGGCAAUAUAUCUAGUCAUUCGGUAGUUUCCCUGGCACAUGAGCUUGGUAAUAUCUGUCCGGGAUUCCAUAAUUAUUUUUACACUCGACAGGUUUGCAUAUUCUCCAUCAUGUUCUGCGUUAUAUUGAUGAUGCGCUUAUGGGCGAAUUACUCGAGCAAUCCCAUAGUGACGACCAUUUACACGUCAAAUCCGAUAUGGGACAUCCCUUUUCCGGCCGUUACUAUAUGUAACAAUAACAAGGUUUACCGUCCACAUGCCGACCUUAUUACCAAAUAUUUAUAUACGAACGGAUUCACUGAGUACGACAGCGACAAAUUUUUCUCGUCUCUAAUGAAGCUGAUACGACCCGAUGAUAAGAUCUCUAUGGACAAUGUGACGGCGAGACAGCUUCUCGAUAAUCUCGGUGUGACGGUCGAAACACUUAUGGAGCAGUUGAUGCAGCCGUGCAGUGCGUUUCUAUUGCGAUGCGCUUGGAUCGGCAAGAUUUACGAUUGUGGUAAGAUCUUCAAGACGGUCAAGUCUAAUGAGGGUUUCUGUUGCGCUUUCAACUCCCACUACGAACUAAACGUCGAACACAUGGUCAACGAUACGCGCUCCAAUUUUAAGAACUUUAACGUCACCUCUGACGAUCUCCCGGGUGUGCAUAAAAUUCUGAACGCGCCCGGCAGCGGUCGCGACGUGGGACUCGCUGUCGCCUUGAACAUUGAACCCGAUAUGUACAAGGCUACUUCGCGCCCUUACGUAGGGGCCUCCAUUAUAAUACACGACCCGAUUGAUUUUCCCGACAUCGGUGCACACAUCGCGUCCGUGCUACCCGGUCACGUCCUGACGAUAUCUAUUGCCGGCACGUUCAUUAGAGGGACGGAAAGUUUGCGAGGCAUCCCUCUGGAGAAACGUUUGUGCUACUUCGACAAUGAGAUACCAGGCGAGAUUCGCUACAGCUAUCAAUCGUGCAUAUCGGACUGCAUAGCCGAACGCAUGUAUAAUCAAUGCGGUUGCCUGCCCUUUUAUUAUCCGGAGAUGUCUAAGGGAAAGAGGAUAUGUUACUUGUCCGAUGUAAAUUGCCUUUUGAGCAUACGAAAAUCAAUACCAGAUUACAUGACGAUGGGAACUUGUAAAAAGUGCUUCCCUCAGUGUAGCGAUAUGAUGUACAAUAUCAAUCCGGAAAAUAUUAAAAUGCAGAAUGUAGGGUUCGACUCUGAUCUAACACACGGUUUCGAUAUAAGCAAAGUGUCUUUCGUGUACGUAUUUUUUGGCGAUGUGUCUUACGUCGAAUACCGUAAGGACAGCAUCCUUAGCUGGGAUUCUCUCCUCGCAUCCUUCGGCGGGAUCUUCGGUCUCUGUCUCGGUGGUUCCGUGUUGAGCAUAAUAGAAUUGGUUUAUCUCUUGACCAGGCAGCUGUUUAGUCGACAGUCCCGCAAAGAGCAGGAACAAUUAUGUGUAAAGUUGCCGCCGGCGUCAGAAAUGUUUCUGUCGAUCCCCGUUAAAGAGAAAGCUCAGCUGCAGAAACCACGAAAUGAUAUCAAAGAUCGAAUGAUAAGCAUAUUAUCACGUGGUACCAACCAUCCUUUCAUCAUCGAAAAAAAAGAAUAUUGACGAUAUAUUUAACAUUAAACAUUAAAUUUUAAAGCGCAGUUCAUAAAUCAAUUUUUAUGGCAAAAGUAAGUUGCAAACAUU